AUGACAGAGUUGGAGUCGAUAUCAAGAUCGACCGAUAAGAAUCUUAUCAAAGAAUGGUUAAAGAAACACCCUUUGACAAUGGUUCAUAACAACCAUCAACAUACGCUCAUUCAUUUGGUAUCGAUGAAUGGUAACAUGGAUUAUGUAAAUUUAGAAGAAAUUAAACCAUUAGAGUUGAGAGAUAAAGAUGGAUAUACAGCAAUGCAUUGUGCAGUUAAUCAAGGUCACUUUGAAAUGGCUGAAAAGUUAUUGGUCAAAGGGUCAGACCCCAAUGCAAGAACAUCAACCGGAUCGACUCCAUUACAUCUCCUCUCGAAAUACUGUCAUGCACCCAAAGCAAUCAAACUAGCAUCACUACUCAUUGAAGCAGGUGCAUUUAUCAAUCACAAGGACAUUAAAUUUGAAGCUCCAUUACAUCGUGCAACACUACCAACAAAUAAUAAUGAAUUCCUUAAAUUAUUAUUAUUAAAUGGUGCUAAUCCAAAUAUCUUAAACAAGAGAGGAAGGACACCAAUACAUGUUGCAAUUGAAGAAGGUAGAAUUGAUAUAUUGUUAACAUUUAUGGAACAUGGAGCAUUAUUUACAAAAUCAUCACUUAGUUCAUCAUUUCCUUCACCUUUGGAAUAUGCAUUACAAUCAAAGAAUCCUCAAAUAGUUCAAUUCUUUAAUGAGAGAAUUGGAAGUUGUGGAGAAUAUAUUAUAUGGAUGGAGAAAUUAAAUUUAUUUUAUGGAAAGAAUAUGCAAAACUUUUCACAGAGUGGAGAUUCUUAUAGUAGUUCACAACACCUUCAAUUGAUACAUGGUGGUGUAUUUAUUACAAACUAUAGAGUUGUGUUUAGAUGUGAAAACUCUGUCUCCAAUCCUUCAACAACACAAUAUUCACUCAAUUGGCCAUUUGGAGAUGACGAAGAAAUGAGUAUAGCUCUAGCUUCAAUCGAAUCAAUUACAACUGAAAAUCAUCCUGGUAUUAAUCAUCAAUCAAAUUUAAAUAAUAUUAAUAAUAUUAAUAAUACGACUGGAACAACUAGUGUUGUUGGAGGUGGAAAUAGUAAUAAUAAUAGUAGUAUCAAUCUUGUUCAGAAUGUAUCAAUGUUGGCACUUGGAGGUAGUGGAGGUCAGCAGCAACAACAACAAAAUACAAUCAAUUCAACAUCUCUACCAAAUCUAGGUGGAAGUGGUAAUAGUACAAAUGGUAUAACAACUUCUUCAAAUUGGGCAAAUACAAGUAAUAGUAGUAAUAAUAGUAGUAUAAAUAUUAAUAUUAAUAUUGAUAGUAAUAAUAAUAAUGAAAAUGAUGAAAUGGAAAAGAUGAUACAUAGAUUAAAUAAUAAUACAUCAUCAUCUUAUUUAUAUCUAAGUAAGGAUGAUUUUUGGACUGGAUCAAAUGAUGGAUCUACAACUCUUGGAUUUACACCAAAUUCUGGAUCCAAUAUAACACAUCAGGUCAUAUCAUCUACGUCGUCUUCAUUUGUGUCUGGACAACACUGUGAAUUGAAUAUCAAUAGUAAUGGACAGAUUGUCAACUCUACCCCAAUCAACUACUACUCGAUAGUCAUUACAACCAAGAAUUUCAAGCAUUGCAAGAUCUACUUUUUGAAUAGUGCCAUGCGUGACAAGGUGGUUGACAUUAUCACCUAUCAUUACAAGACCAAGGUGGAAAAGAGUCUUAAACUAAUCGACACGAACCGUCGACUCCAAAACAAGAUUGUCAAGGAUAAUAUUAUAUUGGACGAUCAUUCACGUAUCGAGCAUAUCGAUCGAUUCGAAUGCUACGGUGUAUUUGAAGAACCGUUGCCAUACCUGUACGCACAUGUGUAUCGGUCGCAACGACCUCCCAACGACGGCUGGCUUGUAUACCAGCCUAAAAAGGAUUCCUCGAUGCCAUCUUUCAACUAG